UUUUUCGGCGGGUCGACUAUUAAAAAACUAACUUUAGUGUAACGGAAUUCAAGAAGAUGUAAUUAGUCUUCUGUCCAAUACUUAGGUGGGACUACGUGUAUAUUUUAAUCCCGAAGUGAAGUAAACGGAUUGUGAGGCAAAUUUUGUCCCUAUAGGAAUAAUACAGUCUUGUAUGUCUGGAAACUUGGAUAAUGCAGAUUCGGUGACAGAAAAUAAAAAAUCUCGCAAAUUUGGAAUGAUGGAAGGUCUUCAUGGACAUGAUAAUCUCAUUUUCGAUACUUCCAAAACUAGGAAAGUAUCCACGGCAUCUACCCAUAUCGAAGUUGGACCAGUCCGUAAAAAAAGUGUGAUGCACAAAGAUCUUGAAAAUGCAGCAUCUAUUGCCAAUGGAGAUUUAAAACACAACGGAGAUUCACAAAGAUGUUCACAAAGUGAUUCAGCAUACUCCAAAAUACAGUAUACAAAAGAUGACGGCAGAUCCUGGUUGUACUUGUUCUGCAUGAAAUGCCGAUCUCGCGACGAAGAAAAGGAACCAUGGCAACCGUCAUUUUGGCCUAAGUUGUGCCCUCAUCCGUACUUUCCUUCUUACCGUCAGUUCACAAGGAUAUUAUCCCUGAGCCUCAUAGGAAUCUACUCCUGGUGUAUAAUGUAUGCUAUAAUCGGUGACGCAGCGGCACCGCCACAUGGAAAGCUGUACCAACUGAUCCUGCUCAGUAUAAGUUCUCAUAUUGGAGGAUGGUUGAUGAGUCUGACUACUCUACCGGCUUUAAUAGGGAUGAUCUUUACUGGACUGAUCUUUCAGAACCUCAACGUUGUGGAUAUUGAUGAUUCCUUUACGCCUAUCACAAAGCAAGUAAGUCACAUGGCUUUGGUAAUCAUCUUGUUGCGUGCUGGCCUUGAUUUGGAUCCAUCAGCUCUAAAGAGAUUAAAAUUCACUGUGUUGAGACUGUCUUUGGUACCAUGGUGUAUCGAAGCAGGCGCAGCUGCUAUUUUGUCCAGAUACGUCUUAGACAUCUCUUGGAAAUUUGCGGCACUCCUAGGAGUUAUCAUAGCAGCCGUGGCUCCUGCGGUGAUAGUACCGUGUCUUUUCCGACUUCGAGCGAAAAGCUAUGGUGUGGCAAAAGGAAUACCAACCCUCAUAAUAGCAGUGGCUAGUAUCGGCGAUUCUACGUCAGUGGCGGUUUUCGGCAUAAUGAAGAGCAUUAUGUUUUCGGAACCCUCAGUCACGAGCGUUCUUCUUCAGGGACCAGUGUCGAUAUUAGGAGGAAUAGGAUUUGGCGUCCUGUGGGGAUUGGUAUGCAGCUACGCCCCAGAAAGAAACGACCCAUUCGUGGCACCGUUACGAAUUCUACUGUUGCUAGCUGGAGGCAUGGCCGCAGUUUUCGGAAGCGAACUCUUAGGUUACGGGGGAGCAGGGCCUCUAGGAUGUGUCGCCUCAGCAUUCGUAGCUCUGUGCUUUUGGACUAAGCAAGGAUGGGACGUGGAAGACAAUCCUGCAGCUACCAGCUUCGAGAUUUUCUGGAUGAUCUUCCAACCGAUCCUGUUCGGAGUGACAGGGGCUAGAGUCCGUAUCAAUGAGUUGGAAGGGAGUGUGGUAUGUUUAGCCGUUGCUGUGCUGGUUGCUGGGGUUGUCAUUAGGAUCCUGGGAACCGUUUUGAUCAGUACUGGGUGUGGACUGAAUCUGAAAGAGAAAGUUUUCGUGUCCAUUUGCUGGAUGUGCAAAGCUAUGGUGCAGGUAAGGCAUUAAGUCAACCCACCUCAGUGGAAUAAGUAAACAUAGAGGACACAUU